AUGGGGUACGUUAUAGGAAACAUCUACUUCAUCACCACGGUGGCCGUCAUUGGCGGUGCACUGUUCGGUUUUGAUAUUGCUUCUAUGUCUGCCAUUCUUGGCACUCAACAGUACAAAUGCUUCUUCAACCAGACUGGCAUCAAUGAGAAGGGUGAAUGUGGCGGUCCAACCUCUUCGACCCAAGGUGGUAUCUCUGCUGCCAUGCCGGGUGGUUCCUUCCUCGGUGCGCUGGUCUCGGGUUUUGUCACGGACUGGAUUGGUCGUAAGGGCGCCAUCCAGUCUGGUUCGGUCAUCUGGUGUAUCGGUAGUGCCAUCGUCUGCGCUUCAUUCAGUAUCGGUCAACUCGUCGCUGGUCGUUUUAUCAACGGUAUCUCUGUUGGUAUUCUCAGCGCCCAAGUUCCCGUCUACGUCGCCGAGCUGGCCCAGCCCAGUAAACGAGGACAAGUGGUGGGAGCACAGCAGUGGGCCAUCACCUGGGGUAUUCUGAUCAUGUUCUACAUCUCCUACGGAAGCAGCUUCCUCACCGGUAACGCUGCCUGGCGUCUACCUUGGGGUCUCCAGAUGAUCCCGGCCGUCUUCCUGUUCUUCAUGUUCUUCCUCCUUCCCGAGAGCCCACGUUGGUUAGCCAAGCAUGAUCGCUGGGAGGAGGCCCAUGAGGUUCUGGCCUUGGUUCACGCUAAGGGAGACAAGAGUGCUCCAUUCGUGUUGACUGAGUUGCAGGAGAUUCGGGACAUUGUCGAGUUCGAGCGUCAACAUGCCGAUGCCUCGUACGUCGAGCUCUUCAAGGGCCACAUGAUUUACCGCACCCAUAUUGGCAUGUUCACCCAGAUCUGGUCCCAGCUGACCGGUAUGAACGUCAUGAUGCUUUACAUCACCUAUGUCUUCGGAAUGGCUGGUCUAUCAGGUAACGCCAACCUAGUCGCAUCCUCGAUUCAAUAUGUCAUCAACGUCGUUAUGACUAUCUUUGCUUUGCUCUUCAUUGACCGCUGGGGUCGUCGUACCCCUCUUCUGGUGGGCUCCACCCUCAUGAUGAUCUUCAUGUUCGCCAACGGAGGUCUGAUGGCCUCCUAUGGUAAGCCUGCGCCGGCCGGUGGUGUGGGUGGUGUUGCUGAGGAGUCCUGGGACAUGUCCGAGGCACCUAUGGCCGCCAAGGGUAUCAUCGCCUGUACCUAUCUGUUCGUCGCCAGUUACGCACCAACCUGGGGUCCCGUCAGCUGGAUCUACCCACCCGAGCUCUUCCCCUUGCGUCUUCGUGGUAAGGCCGUGGCUCUUUCAACUGCUUCCAACUGGAUCUUCAACUUCGCUCUCUCAUACUUUGUUCCCCCCGCAUUUGAGAACAUCCAGUGGAAGACCUAUCUAGUCUUCGGUGUCUUCUGUUUUGCGAUGACCGUCCAUGUGUUUUUCGCUUUCCCCGAGACUGCCGGUAAGACUUUGGAAGAGGUGGAGGACAUGUUCACCACUCCUGGUAUGCGGCCAUGGAAGACCACUGUCCAGUUCCAGCAUGUUCGCAAGCUGGAGCAGGGUACUAUCCAAUCGGAGAAGUUGCGAGAUAUUCAAGUUGAGAAUGCUACAGAGAAAAGCGCCGCUGAAGUCACUCAGUAG